AUGCGCCGCGCUGUGGCCGCCGUUCCACGGCUUCUUACCCAGCGGCCCCCGACUGUUGCGCGCCCAAGACCAAGCUUUGCUGCACAGUGCUUCUCCUCAUCUGCUCCGCACAGGCAAGAAGAAAGGAAUUGGUCGACACCAUUAGCUAAACAGCUUUCUGAAGCAAUCUCGACAACAGGAACAGUCCCGUUGGCAAGCUUCAUGCGCAUGUGCCUUACCGGCGAUGUGGGAGGGUACUACACUGGCGCGAUUGGAGCGGGCAGGGACCAGUUUGGUCUCAAGGGCGAUUUUGUGACAUCGCCUGAAAUCUCGCAAGUUUUCGGUGAAUUGAUUGGUAUCUGGUUCAUUGCCGAGUGGAUGAGCCAAGGUCGGCCCAAGGAUGGAGUCCAGAUAAUUGAAGUCGGACCUGGAAGAGGAACUUUGAUGGACGACAUGCUCCGUACCAUAUCUCGCUUCUCAGCCAUGGCUAACAGCAUAGAAGCCGUCUACAUGGUUGAAGCUAGUCCCGAGUUGAGGUCAGCCCAGAAAGACUUACUCUGUGGCCCUGGAACACCGACGACGGAAUCCAAAGCUGGUUACCAUAGCACAGGAAAACACAAUAAUCUUCCCAUUGUCUGGACGCAGACUAUCAAGUCCGUUCCUAUGGAAUCGAACAAGACGCCCUUCAUCAUCGCGCACGAAUUCUUUGACGCGCUGCCUAUACACAUCUUCCAGUCCGCCAAAGUCGCCGCCAAGCCGCCGCCGCCCAAGAAUUCCGGCAGCUCUUCACCACCAGCUCCCGCCCAACCAGAAGCCAGCACAGCCGCCGCUCCCAACAUGGAAUGGCGCGAGAUGAUGGUCUCGCCCACGGCGCCGGGCACCAGCAGCGCCGCCUCCUCCUCGUCCAGCUUCCGCUUCGACCCCAACGGCCCGCCCGCCGAGUUUGAGCUCACGCUCUCGCCGGGCACGACGCGCCACUCGCGAUACCUGCCCGAGUCGUCGCCGCGCUAUCGCAGGCUCAAGCCGACCGAGGGCGCCGUCGUCGAGGUGUGCCCCGACGCCGCGCUCUACGCCGCGGACUUUGCCGCCCGCAUCGGCGGCACCGCCAAGCACCCCAGGGCCGAUGGCACCGCGAGCGGCGCCGCCCUCAUCCUCGACUACGGCCCCGCCGACACUAUCCCCGUCAACUCGCUCCGCGGCAUCCGCCACCACAAGACGGUCAGCCCCUUUGCCGCGCCCGGCCUCGUCGACCUCAGCGCCGACGUCGACUUUACCGCGCUCGCCGAGGCCGCCACCCUCGCGAGUGACGCCGUCGAGGUCCACGGGCCCGUCGCCCAGGCCGACUUUUUGGAACUCAUGGGCAUCAGGGAGCGCGCCGCCGCGCUGGCCAAGGGUGCGAGCCCGGAAGCCGCCGAGGCCAUUGACAAGGCGUGCAAGCGGCUGGUGGACCGUGGGCCGAGCGGCAUGGGCAAGGUGUACAAAGCACUGGCGAUCCUGCCCGAGAAUGACGGCCAGCGUCGGCCGGUGGGAUUUGGUGGCGACGUGAGCAGCUAA